AUGGAUAGUAAUUCUACUGUGGUGAACAACAGUUAUAUUGUAAGAGGUGGUCGACGUAAAGUUUUUAUUAUAGCUGGUGGUAGUCUUGGAUUGAUUUUUAUGAUUAGUAUGGGGAUAUUUGUUUAUCACCUAUGUUUUAAAAAGCAACAACAUGUUUCGACAUUUCCUGUAGUCAUAUAUGAAAAAACCAAGCAAGAAGAGGAUGUUCAAGAAGCUAAUCGAUUUCAAUCAGGUACUUGGUCAAUAGAAUAUUAUCAUAAUGAAGAAUGGUAUGGACCUUUUCAAAUUACACUUUCAUUUAAUUCUCAAUCAAUGCAAGUAACAGGUUCAGGAUCUGAUAAUGUUGGUAUAUUUGCAUUGAAUGGAGUUUAUUCAGCUGUAUUAGAACAAAUAAAUAUAACCAAAAAGUAUCAACUAGGUACUGGUGAUCCUAUAGAAAAUAAAGGUCAUGAAGUUAAAAUGCAACUUAGAUGGCAUUCUAUAAAUCACCAAUUUGAAGGUUCAUCACUUAUAAAUUAUUCUGAUUAUCAAGUCCAAGGUAAAUGUCGACUUAAAUUUCAUGAUGUCCAUGAACAAUAUAUCAGUUUUUAG